GUAAAAUUUCUUUUUUCUUUAAUUUUAUUUAGGAAGCUCAAAAGUUUUUGUUAGUUUGGUUUGUGGGAAUGAAUUUUUUUUUUUUGAGUAAAUGUGGGAAUUAAGUUUAGAAUGAUCCUUUGUAGAGAAUUUAGUAAAAUAAUCGAAUACCUUUCCUCUUAAUUUCCAUUCCAUGUAAUAUAAGCAAAACAAAGACAUUCUAAUCUCUCGUUCCCAAUUUCCAUCUGCCGAACAACCCUUAACAUACUUGUGUUUAGAAGCUUUGUUUGGUAUGAAAGAAACAGUGAGCAGCCAUAGAUUAUGUGAACUUCAAUGUUCAAUUGUUAGUAAGCUGUGACUGAUGAGGAUUUAUUGAUUAUUCAAAGGGAGCUCCUGGUGUUUUUUGGUGUGUUUAGAGUGUGCAUAUUAGGUGUUCGAUAAAAUGCCACACUGAGACUCUGCUUUCUGUUGUGUAACGUUUAUUGAAUUACUUCAUUUUAUAGCUUUUUUCGGCUAAUUAUCUUCAUUUUGAAUAAUAUAUAACCAUUUUUGGGGAAUAAUUAAUGAUUUCUAUGUUAAUUUCUGGGUGAAGACAAGCUCAAUUUUCAGUAAAGCAAUGUCUCUGAUGAGUCAAACUCUUCCUUCUUUUACAUUUCUAAUUACCACUCAAAAUUCACCUCUACCUCUAAACCCACCUUUCUUCUUUAACUUCACUAAAAGAUUCAAACUUUUGUCUCUUUGCUCAUCACCUGAAUCUUCUUCUUUCUCCUCUGUUUCUUCACCCUCUAUUUUUCUUCCUUUCCUUGAAAAAGAAGAACAAGAACAAGAAGAAUGGAAAGAGGUUGAACAAUCAUUAGAGCAAGAGCAAAAUGAUGACCCAAUUUAUAGAUUCUUCAAAUCCCGAACUUCAACUCUAGACCCACCACGAGAAUCCAAAUUGUCCCUCCAAAGAAAUCGUCGAACUGCGUGGCAUUUGGCUGAUCACAUUGAAGACAAUGAGACCGAAAUUGAAGUUGAGGUCAGGAAAGAAGAAAUAAAGGGAAAAGAUGAAUUGGGUAUUGGUGAGAGUGGUAAAAUUGAGGGUAUUGUGGGAGAAAUUGUGAGGAUUGCUAGGAACUUACCGGAGAAUUCGACAUUGGGAGAGCAGCUAAUGUGGUAUGGAGGGAGGAUUGGAGAAGGAGAAUGUGUGGAGGUGUUGAUUUUUAUGAUUCAGGAAGGUCUUAUGAUGAAUUGCUUGUAUUUUUAUGAAUGGAUGGGGUUGCAAGAACCCGCCUUGGUUACUCCUAGAGCUUGUUCAGUGCUGUUUCCGGCAUUAGGGAAGGCUAAAAUGGGUGAUAAAUUGAUGGUUUUGUGGAGGAAUUUGCCCAAUAUUAGAGAGUUUAGGGAUGUUCAUGUUUAUAAUGCUGCAAUGUCCGGUCUACUAUCCAGUGGAAGGUAUCAAGAUGCUUGGAAGGUGUACGAGGCAAUGGAGAUGAAUAAUAUCUUGCCAGAUCGUGUGACGGGUUCAACUAUGAUUACUGUCAUGAGAAAGGAAGGUAAAAGCGCUAAAGAUGCAUGGGACUUCUUCGAAAGAAUGAAUAGAAAAGGAGUCAAAUGGAGUGUGGAGGUUGUAGGGGCUUUGAUCAAAUCAUUCUGUGAAGAGGGGCUCCAGAAACAAGCGCUAAUAAUUCAAGGAGAGAUGGAGAAGAAAGGGAUAUCCUCAAAUAUCGUGAUAUACAACACUCUUAUGGAUGCCUAUUGUAAGUCUAACCAGCUUGAAGAAGCCGAAGCUCUCUUUGUUGAGAUGAAGACCAAGGGACUUUCACCGACUUCCACCACCUACAAUAUUUUUAUCGAUGCAUACAGCAAACGAAUGCAGCCCGACAUUGUUGAGAAGCUUCUUCAAGAAAUGGAAGACAUUGGCCUUGCACCAAAUGUCAUAUCAUACACUAGCCUUAUAAGUGCUUACGGGAGACAGAAGAAGAUGAGUGAUAUGGCGGCAGAUGCAUUCUUAAGGAUGAAAAAAGCUGGUAUACAACCUACUUCUCACUCAUAUACUGCCCUUAUCCACGCAUAUUCAAUAAGCGGUUGGCACGAGAAAGCAUAUAAAGCAUUUGAGAACAUGCGGAGGGAAGGAAUUAGACCUUCUAUAGAAACAUAUACCGCUCUUCUUGAUGCAUUUAGGAGGGCUGGAGAUGCACAAACGCUCAAGGAAAUAUGGAAAUCCAUGAUUCGGGAGAAAAUUGAAGGGACUCGGGUAACCUUCAACAUUCUUCUUGAUGGAUUUGCUAAGCAGGGUUACUAUGUUGAGGCACGUGAUGUUAUCAGUGAAUUCGGGAAAAUUGGUUUCCAACCAACCGUAAUGACAUAUAAUAUGCUAAUAAAUGCAUAUGCACGAGGAGGCCAACACUUAAAGUUACCGCAGUUAUUGAAGGAGAUGGUUGUCCUAAAUUUGAAACCUGAUUCUAUUACAUACUCUACAAUGAUAUAUGCUUUUGUCCGUGUUCGUGAUUUUAAACGAGCUUUUUAUUACCAUAAGCAAAUGGUGAAAUCUGGGCAAGUCCCUGAUGCUGAAUCUUAUCAGAAGCUGAGAGCAAUCUUGGAUGUAAAAGCUGCCAAAAAAAACAAGAAGGAUAAGAGUGCCAUACUCGGUAUAAUAAAUAGCAAAAUGGGUUUGGUUAAAGCUAAAAAGAAAGGGAAGAAGGAUGAAUUUUGGAAGAACAAGAAGAAAAAUAUAAGAUUUAACAAUCCUGAUCGUGUUGAGCGCUGAAGCGAUGAUCAUGCUUAUGCACUUAUGCCGAAACCUUUUAACUGUCAAA